AUGCUGGACCAUGCACCUCGCCCUAGCCCUGGCCUGCGAUUCUGCCGAUACGCAGCGUAUGAGGGCUUGCUGUGCAGCGGGACGGUGCGGCAUUUGGGCAGGACUUGUCAAGCAGCCAGGAAGAUGUUUGAAAAAGGUGAUUUCGCACUUCACGUCCGCAUCGAGACUCACCAAAUGUCGGAGAUUCUGGCACGGGGGAAGCCGCGAGCAGCAAGAAAUGAGCUCUUGAUGGAAUUGGCGACUGCUUUGAGGAGUUGUGGCCGGCCUCCCUUGUUGUCACUGGGAAUCUAUGAGCCAAAUGCCCUGCGUGAACUUUUCCCCUUGAUACUGGAUGCGCUGAGGUUUUCUAAACACCUUCAGAAAUUGCAUGUGGCAGACAUCGCAAUAAGCCCAAUUCGGGAUUCCUCGCCUGCAGGGUCGUUCGACAUGGUACGUGCAUUGGCGCUGAUGAAUGUCUUAAACUUCGUGGACCCUGCUUUGCCCAACGCUGGCAGAAGCUUGCGCGAGCUGGCUCUAACAGCUGGCACUUGGUCGUGGGAUUCAUUGCGCCAUCUGUUUGAAGGACUGUCCAAGAGCUGCGUGCAGAUCGUAAGCCUACGUGGAAAGUUGUUGGAGCCAGCUGCAGCAAGGGAUUUGCUGGCUUUGAAGACUGUUUCUGGUUUCGAGUGGAAAGGAUCUCGCCUUUUCGUCGCCGACAGUUUGAAGAUUAUUUUGACUGCGUUGCCGGAGGCGGAGAUUCGGUUUUCCAGAGAGAUGAGUGGUUUCUCUGGCUCGCCGUCUAAAGAGAUGUUGGAGGAGUUCGAGGUGAUGGCUAGCACCUUGGAGCCAUCAAAGCGCGUGUGGGUGGCAUGGGAUGAUGGCUGGAAGAAGGUGGAGCCUGGCUGUGGUAUAGUUGAAGAAUGCACUGGUCCCAAUAGUCUCCUGCGUCAACUCAUGGUCUCCUCGAUGUACGUGGCCUCCAAGCCUUGGCACCAACCACAGCCACCACGCAGCAUGACGGCAAUCCCAGUCGACGGGCCAAGGAGGCGAAACCGCCCCGCACCUCGCGUUGCGGGGGCCCCACCUGAGCCGAAGGGCUAA